CAUAUAAACAGAAGCCAAGGUAAAGUAUUAACUUGUUGGCUGGCUGGUCUGCCUCAGCAGCUUGUUCUUCUUGGCUUAAGAAAUCCUGAACUUUCAGAGCAAUUGAUUGGUAUUAUUUAUUCUGCUGCAUCUCGGGCGAACAAAGAAAUUCUACAGAGUUUACAAGCUGCUGCUCCCCUGAUAUAUGAUCCACUAGAUGGCGCAGUGGCUCUUCUGCCACCUGAAUCCCAGCAACAUUUAGUCCAGCUACUUUACUUUGUGCCUCAUUUACCAAGCAAUCUUCUUGCUUCUCUCAGCCGCUGUUGCAUUAUGGGAAAGUUGUCUGUAAAGUUAACCACUACUCUUAUUAGGAUACUGCGUAUAAGAUCCUCUUUUGUGGCAUGGAAAUAUCCAGCGCAGAGCCAUUCAGUGACUGACAUGGGUUACUUCAGCUUUUUGUUUUCAACUCUUACAGGUUUUUCCAGUGAAGAAUUGAGUAACCUUCAGAACAUUAGGGGGAAACCACACAUAAACCAAACACUGCUCUCUCCUGUCCAACUCUAUUUAACAGAUUUGGAGCAAUUUUCAUAUCAUUGGACUAUGGCAGAGAUGGUGAGCCAAAGCCUAUCCACUGUUCCUUCACGAAGCCAAUGUGUUGAUAUUGUACAAAGUGGAAUAUGUAAAUAUCUGGUAGGACUGACUGUAGUACCUGAUAGCACUGCUGGUGCUAUUUUGUGUGCUCUUAGUAAACUACUGGAUCAAGUAUAUAUCCUUAAUGAAAAUAUUUCCAGGUUCCUAGCUUCACUGUGUUAUAGUCUUCUCUACCUUUUCUUAACAAUAGAGAGGGAGGAUACGGAACAUAUGCAGAAGAGGGAUGUACUGUGGAGUUCCUGUAUCUCAAUUCUAAGCACCUCACUUCAAAUCUUGAGAGUGAUGUUGCAGACUCUUCAAGUGAACCAAGCCUCCCGGGAUGAAUUGCCUGUUCUUGCUCAGCUUCUUUGUUUGCUAAUGCAACACAGACAGCUUCAGACUCAUAUGAAGACCAGUGAGUUCCUGGUGAAACAGAUUGUCAAAGAUAUCAUGGUCUUGAAAAGUGAUGAAGCUCAAGAGCAGUGGUUGACAGACCUCCAUUACAAUUUCAAUAUAUAUUUAGCCACUCAUACCCCAGGAUCUGGGGCAGUCAAUACACUAUAUUAAAGAGAAUAUAUGAUUGCAAACUCUUUGUAGGAACGAAAAAAGUCAUUUUUGUGCAAAUUAAAAAUGCAUUUUAUACAAUCUAUGAUUUGUGUAAAAACUGUUACUCUUUACAUUUGCUACUAAGAUUUAAAAGUUACAUGAAAUAAAAUGGAGUAAUACAAUAGCUUAAAGCAAAUAAACAGAAACAUAUGCAAAUACUGAGAAACAUAUCAAGAGAAAUUUUAUAUAUUGUGAAGAGCAGGGGACAGUUUAGUUGUUAUCAUUAAAUACUUGCUUAAGUCUCAAUAUUGUGCAGCUUAAUAUAUUAAAAAAAGUAUAGAUCAUUUUAGGGUGAAAGUUCGUUGUCCAAGCUGGUGGGUUGGUUUCAAAACAUUUCAUUAGAUAACAUCUUCAGCAGAGUUUAGGGGGUGUCAGUGUCAGUGUUCUUCUGUUUAUAAGGGCUUCAGGUGUGGAUGUGUCGAGUGAGGGUCUUGUGAGCUUAUAGAUCAUUUAAAUAAAAGCACUGAUGAAAUUACAUUAAAGAUACUUUAAAAUGUCCACAAAUAAUCAAUAGGCUUUCUUAUGCU